AAAGCGGCGCUGUGUUAAUUGGAGCUUGGUUGUACAUGUAUGACCCCAUCAUGCAGUGCGGUGGCUUGUAGUUUUACUGUCUUCUUUGAAGACAAAACAUUUUUAAAAACAAAAGCAAUUGCAAAUACAAUUGAGAUACUUUUAUAAUAAUGGAGAUAGGGACGGAGAUCAGUAAGAAAAUAAGGGCUGCUAUUAAGGGGAAAUUACAAGAACUGGGUGCCUAUGUGGAUGAAGAGCUACCUGAUUACAUCAUGGUGAUGGUUGCUAACAAAAAGAAUGCCCAGCAGAUGACUGACGACCUUUCUCUCUUUCUGGGCAACAAUACUGUAAAAUUUACUAUAUGGUUACACGGCGUGCUAGAAAAACUGCGUUCUGUUGCUGUUGAACCCCUGAUUGAAAAGCCCCAGCCUAUGUACACAGACUCCAGCACAUUGUCACUGUCAAGAAAAAGCAGAUUGACAGCUAGUGGGCACAAUGAACGGAGAGGAGACGAGGCUCGUGCACUAACAGUCUCUAGCUCACGAUCAGAAAGACACGACUCCAGGGUUUCUACAAGCUCAUCACAGGAGCACAUCAUUUCCAGCGGAGGAAGAUCCUCAUCAGAAAGGAAUGUUCCUCGAUUAAUGUCAACAGUGAAGCCCCUAAUGGAGCUUUCGUCUGCAGAGGCCGUGAUUGAUAUUAAACCUGAACCUGAUGAUGACCUCAUUGAUGAAGAUCUGAACAUUGUACCAGAUGCUGCAUCCUCCUCAGCAGCCAGAAAGAAGCCUUUAGUUACUGUAACCUACAGUUCGACUCGACCUUCGGCAGAGCUUUACAAGCCUCCAGGAAGCAGCCAGCACUCGCUAAUGGCUUCAGAUAACAGCUCACACUCUUCUAGCCGAACAGAUGAGAGCAGUGUGUUUAGUCACAGACCUGUUGAGAUCCUCAGGUCCAGAGAAAGUGCCUCUGGGACGUUCAACAGACUUGCAGAAAACUACAUUAGCAGAUCUACCAAGCCAAAUGUUGACAGAGUUAGUAGAGAAGAAGAAGCAUCCAGAAAGCGAAAAGUGCCAGUUAUCAGUUCGGUGGUGAAAGUAGGUAAAUCUGGGGGUGAAGGCCAGGACAUUGAGGAAGUGAGAGAAGAGGAGGAGGAGGAGGAGGAGGAGGAGGAGGAGGAGGAUGAGGAUGAGGAUGAGGAGAGUUACGUUAACAGGACUGGCAGUCUCUCAAGCAGUGUUUCUGUGCCCUCCAAACCUGAAAGAAGACCCUCAUUGCCACCUUCGAAGCAAGCUAAUAGAAAUUUGAUAUUAAAAGCAAUUUCUGAAGCUCAGGAAUCUGUGUCCAAGACAACCAGUUACCCUCCAGUUUCCCAGAGACAGAUGGUUCCUGUUGCCCCCAGAACACGCAUGACUAGUGAGGAAACCAAUGCUGUAACCCAACAUGUGCAAGAGAACCUUCACCAUCCAGAUCCCAGGCUUCAGGUGGAGGCUUCAGAAGAGACAGGCUUGCAGAGACUGCCAGUUCAGUCAAGAUCACUGGUCUCCCGUCUUCAGCUUGAUGCACCAGAAGAAACCUUAAGUAGUCUUCAAGAAGUGGGUGAAAUGGGAGACAGGAAGCCUGAUGACACUCGGUCAUUUAUCCUAAAGAGAGCCGUGUUGGAUGAAGUGAGGACCCUUAAAAGCAGACUCGGAGCACAACACGCGGAGAGGGUACCCGCACUGCCGGCACGUUUGGUACAGACAAGUAGAGAGGCACAUGAGUCUCAGAGAUCUUCCAGUCCUAAAUUUAUUGUUACGUUGGAUGGGGUGCCCAGCCCACCAGGAUUCACACCUGAUCAAGAAGAAGCGGAAACUGUUUUGAAGGAAAAGAUGAAAACAACCAAGACCAGUGUUCCACACGGCCAAUUGGAAAAGAAACACAAGCUUAUGCCACAGCAGAGACUAGCAAGGGAAUUACCGGUCGAUUACUCUGAUGAUGAGGCGGAAGUAGAUCAUGGUCCUGUAAAACGUCAGAAAGUACUGGAGCGUUGCAAGUUCUGGCCUGCCUGUAAAAGUGGAGAUGAUUGCCCAUACCAUCACCCAAAAACAUUAUGCAAGACAUUUCCCAACUGCAAGUUUGGAGAGAAGUGUUUGUUUAUUCAUCCAAACUGUAAAUAUGAUGCAAAGUGCACCAAGCCGGACUGUCCAUUCACUCACACUGGACGAAAACGUCCAGCACCGCCAGCUAAAGCACCAGCACCGUCAGUAUCUGGCAAUGUAUGUCAUUUCUUUCCAGAGUGCAAGAGUAUGGACUGCCAAUUUUAUCACCCUAAACCUUGCAGAUUUACCACUCAGUGUAAGAGACCUGACUGCAGUUUCUAUCAUCCAACGGUUUCAUUACCUCCACGACACGCUCUUAAAUGGACAAGAGCGCAAAACAGUUAACUUUCACAGAAGGAUCCCCAAGGAUAAUGAAAUCCCACAACUAGACACCUCUGCUCAAGUACUGAGGAGUUCAGUUUGACUAAUUUACUUUUGGUUACAAAAAAUGGUUGUGUUGUUUAAAUGGCUUGUAAACUGUGAAUGCUUUCUUUUUGUAAACUAACAUUAGAGUAGCAGUUUCUGUAAACUUUUUUUUUUAUUUUUUAAAUUGUUCAGUUGACAACUCCAAUGUGAACAUUGAAAAAACUAAAACUGGCAUGUUGUAAACUUAAUACCAAUUUUCCUUUUAAACUGGGGGGCCAUUGCUGUAAUAAAACAGUGGUGCUUAAUGAUUUUGUUGAUUUGUGGAUUAUCAAGCUAGAUGUCAAAUCAAGUUUGACAUGAUAAAACUCUGACAGUCAGGGAAAAUUGUUCCAGUAAAGUGUGAACAAGUAGGACAAAAUACUUUACAUUAGCAUUACUACUUGCAUUAGGUCAUUUUGAUUUCUUUUUUUUGCUUUUUAUAAAAAGUUUUUUAGGAUAAACAUGAGACAUGUUAUUAACGUGUUAUCGUGUAGUAAAACGACUGAAAUAUCAUCCUUAUCAGUUUUUUUUUAAUUAAAGUUUGUUUUAAGAAACAUUUCACAAAAAUAUACAAAAAACAUUUUUACAAAUGAUAUUUACAUUGAUAAAUCAGGAAAGCUAUAAUAUUCAUAAACACUUGCAACUAUGAAACAAAAGUACAAAAUGAAUCCUAAAAUAAGGAAGAACAUUCUUUAUUAUUUUUUUUUGCAUAUUGCCAGUUUUAAUAAGUCUGUAAUUUGCUUAACUGUUCUUCAUAAAACAUUCUUUUUGAGCAAUGCAUCUGCUCCUUAUGUUUAUAAAGAUAGUUUAAAAAAAAAAAAAAGUUACAGUACAAUACUUUGUAGUUUUUCUUAACAUUUUGAUAAUCUGAUUAAGAAAAUGUUUUAGCAGCACACUUUAAAAUAGUGAUCCUAGAACAAACAAAACAGUAGAACGUUGGGUUCCUAACUUCCUUUUCUUGUUUGAGAAGGAUUGUCCAAUGAUGUUGUUUCAAGCCAUGCACGCACACACAAACAUACAUACAGGUUCACUGUACAGUACACAUUACAGGAUCACAUAUGUGAAGUUCAGUACUUUUAAGGAUGUGUUGGGUCAAAAUGGUCAACGGCACAAGUACAAUGUUAACCAAACUGUUGGGGUAACCACAGUGAUUGGUACAGGUAUAUAGUGCAUAGUAUGCUUUGGCAUGCUGACAUCCAGAAUAUUACUCGGAUGGUACAUUCAGGAACAAGGCCACAGGAUAAUGCUUUUCAUUUAUAACACUCAGAAGCAAAAAACAAAAAAAUAGAAAACAAACAAAAUACAAAACAAACCAAAAAACUUCACAUCAAUCUUACAGAAGUUCACAAAAAAGUUUAAGGCUAGUCAUGUUUGCUAAGCAUAUUACACAUGGCAUUAUUUUUAAUUGUGACUCACUGGCUAAAAAAAAAUAUAUAUUCCACUUAAUUCUAAAUAUAAAAAACAACAAUAAUAAUAAUAAUUAAAAAGAUAAGAUUGCAUGAAAAGGCAGCUAGCCAUCCAGGUUGGUUUCCUGUGGCAAAAUAGGGAUCAUUAAGCCAUAUUUAAUUUAUUAUUGACAAAUGAUUUUCCCUAUAGCUAUCCUGGGUAAAAGUCUACCUGUGGAACAUUUUGGAUCUUAUGCGUGUUUGAUUCCACAGAAACAAGGUCCUGAAAGCAUUCUCAAAUAUGCUAUAGCAAAAAUGACACUCAGUCUUAAAGAUCUGCACACAUUUUUCUAUCUAUUUGUUAACUGAAAAUGUAUUUUAUUGGGCAGUGAGGGUGUCUAGUCAUUAAAAUUACAAGCUGCCUGAUUGCUGUUUUGCCUUCUAGAUACAUGCAGUUCACCAAGGGGACUUCGACUUGCAGUUCUGUCGUGCAGACAUUUCCCAUGCAGCCCCUGCUUCCUGUAGCAUCGACACUGCUUCAGUGAGGAGCGUGCACACAUCUCCAUACAAACAGGCUGAAGAAAAGAUAACAAUAGUGUUUUUCAUGUUUUAAAAUACAUUUCUCACAUGUUCAAUAACUUUAAAUAAGCACAGCAAACUGAGGGGGUGCAUUUCCUGAAAGAUGCCACUUUUAUCAUUUAUGAACUAAGAAAUAAAUAAGGUCAAAUUA